CUAUUCAACACCAUGGACCAACUACCUGAGUUUGGUCGCGAAAUCUGGCCGGGCUUGAUGCCCACGAUGAAGGCAUAUGCCACACUGCAUGAAAAGAACAGAAACAGCAUUGAGUCGACGCCGCGAGAGGAGUUUAGCUACGGCUCGCAUGCACGUCAAAAGCUCGAUGUCUACAGCCCGAAGCAAAUCUCUGAAGAUACACCUAUACUGGUGUUUCUCUAUGGAGGUGGUCUUGUGUCAGGCGACAAGCGUCUGCCUACCCCGCCAACAGCUAAAGACUUGGUUUAUGCAAACAUCGGACAUUACUUCUCGUCAAGAGGCUUCGUCACAGUAAUCCCCGACUACAGACGCACAGGCGAAGGUGCCGUUUUCCCAUCCGGAGGUCAAGAUUUAGCAGGUGCUCUCGAAUGGAUCAAAAAGCACUUCAACACCGGCAACCACAAACUCUGGAUCAUGGGCAACUCUGCCGGUGCAGUACACUCUGCAACCUGGCUCCUCGAGCCCUCACUCGCUGAAUCCAGAAAGUCUGUCCAGACAGGCUCUGUAGUUGUCCAAGGAGUCAUGCUAGUCUCCAUACCCGCACACUUCCAGCAAGCAGGUGCCGAUCGCUCUGAGGUGUUGACUGCAUACUACAAAGACAGACUAGAAGAGGAUUGUGCUCUGGGACUCGUGUCGAAGGCACAGACUCCGGUUGCGAAAUUGUUGGUCGUGACUGCCACUUUAGAUCCUGAAGAGGAGAUUCUCAAACCCUCUCAAGACUUUGUCAACAAGUAUAAAGAGAGGUUCGGACAAGACAGUCUGAGUGAAGUGCUGCUCGAAGGUCACAAUCACUUCAGCACUACCCUCGCGCUGGGAACCGGAAUCGAGCGGGAAGAAUCUUUGGGUGCAGAAGUGUUCAAAUGGAUGGGACAAGAUUGA